CGAUUUCGAACAGCGGCAGCGACGUGGACCGAUAAGUAACUCACAACUCCAUCCCACAUGGCCAGCAACAUGACUGCUUUCGACUCUAUCCGCGAGUGGAUCAACACAGGUGAUGCCGGGAUGACGGCGCAAAAGCGCCGCCUCGGUUUCGUGUACGUCAUGGCCGAGGUGGGCUCAACCAUGCGCUUGAACAAGUCGGGGCAGAAGGCGAUGCGGAAGCUCCGCAACAUUCUCUCCCACCCGAUGGAUGUCGAGUCGAGCAAGCUCGAGGUCUGCUACCCGCAGACUCUUUCUGCUGUUGUCCCGGAGGCGCUGGCCGAGAUGAAGAAGCAGCUUGAUCGCGGAGCCAAGCUCCCACUCAAGAAGGUGUUGGGCCGGCUCAAGGCGCUGACCGACGACGACUUUGAGGCCUUUGGCCAUCAGUGGGGGCUCUCACUCGCCAACGAGUCGAUCUACCAGCGGUACAACAAGCCGCUGUACUUUAGCGAGCUAGCGGGUAGCGAGUUCACCAACGGCAACUCGCACAAAACGAUCUACAUCGACAGCGACGCCCUCACCGACGCGCUUGGCGAGCGCGGCCUGCCGCUCGCGAGCCCGCUCUGCUACGCAAGCGAUGAGACCCAGGAGGAGGCCAUUGCAUCGUACAUCGAUGCUACUCGCAGCAUCGAUGAGUUUGUCCUCCUUGAUGCUGCCGACGUCUGCCCUGAGGACAUGCUCGGCGAGCGGCGCCUGUCGCAGCUGUAUUCCCGGCUCAAGGACGCGAUCAAGCGUCGCAACCACCUGUUGCUCAGCUCAUACUUCAAGGACGACAUCGCGGCUGUCCUUGACCAUGAGCCGCUUGGUAAGUUUGACCAAGCGCUGCAGCGCCACUUUGGCGGCUCGCGGUCUAGGAUGGUGGCGGCGUUCAAGCCCGAGGUCGUAACCGACCUCGUCGGCGAGAUGCGGAUCGAGGCCAUGUGGAACACAGGCCAGGUCCUGAAGCAGCUCCGCGAGUCGACCAAGAUCAAGAAAAAGUCGGUCAAGACUUGCCCGACGACGACGGGCGAGCUUGCGGCGCGCAUGGCGGCCAUCAACGACGCGCUCACCACCGAGGACGGCGGCGGAACAAUCGCGCUCAUCACCGCCAUCGCCGCUGUCGCCCAAACGCCUGGCACGCUUUUUGACCAGCCAUGCAACAAGGACCACCCGGACAUCGGCUUCCUGUUUGCUUGAGAGCAUGAUCGUGUCGGCUUGGUGGCACGAGACGAGCUGGCCGCGAGUGCUGGGCCUGAGCAGACAUGGUGUAAAAAAGCCGACAUGAAAA